AUGAAGAAGCGGACUAUAUUUCUGAUAUUCCCUAUAUUAUGUUCCCUAUCAAAUGGCCUGUCCUACAAAUGUCAGAACAAUCAGGUGCUAGUCGUGCAAUCGCACUGUAUCUACGAACAAAACCAAGACAACUGCGGCGGAGUCGAGAAUUUUGUCGCAAAAGUCGAGCAGCUCGGCGUGGAUCAACCCGUAGCCCACACUUGUUGCCGACUGUCCGAGCCAAUCGCCACGCAUCUGGAGAACGACUGUUUCAUCUACGAGCUACCGGACGGGACGACGACGGCUGCCGGAAGUGAGGAGGAGAAGCUCGAAGAAAAAUCACAAAAAUCAAAUCUGACGGUCGUCCGGAGUCUCGACGAGCUCUCCAAGGAGUUCACGGGCGACGCGAAAAAUCAGGAUGCCGGCUCGAAGACCUUCCAAUUUCAUUUCUACUCGCUUACCGAGAAAAGCCCACCCGUACUUCUUGUCAAGGCUAUACAACGCUACAGGGAAAGCCAAACCGAUCUUAAACUCCCGAAGCUCGAUCGAGAAAGGGCUACAAAUCCCCUUGACAAGUCUUUCAACGUAAAUGCAGUCGCCACAAAUCAUAUCGAGAUCAAAGCCAAUGAAAAAUCGGGGCCUGCAAAUAGUACUGAUGCGGAAAGUUCUGGAAAAUCGGCUUCGGAAGCUUGGAGUGAUGGUGGCAAGGGUACUGUAGAGGAAGACGGAACUGGUACUCAAGCGGACGGCUCGACAACCAAGCCACUGAAACCGGAAAAGCCGGAGAAGCGCAAUGAUCGGCACCCACCCUUUCCACCGAUUGAUGGGGACACGCCGAGUAAGAAUUCUGAAGCCAGCCAAGCCAAAAUUCCGCGGACUCCAAAUUCCGUAGCUAAAUUUGAUGAACCCGAAGUUGAAGCUAAACCAGCGAAGGCGAAUAUCGAUGAACUCAGCCGAGAAAAUCUCGAAAAGUCGUCUGCAGCUUCUGCCGAAUCCGGAAAUCAAGUCCCGCCCGAGAGAUUGGAAGUGCCUAGAAAUUCGUCUGAAGCUUCGGAAGAAUCUGAAAAUGAAGUCAGUUCCGUCGAAGUCAAAACCGAAGCCAGUGAAGAAAAGCUGGGCUAUAGAGAUUCUGCAGAGCCUGACGAUACGGGUGAUUCGGAGAGCAUUCCGGAAGCGGAAGGACUGUCUGAAGAAGAUGACGUCAAGACUGACGACGCUGAUUCUGAAGUCAAAAUCGCUUCUCCGGUUCCUCCGGAAGCUAGUGAAGAAGGAGAAGGAGCUGGAGGAGCUGGAGAAGCUGCUUCUGAUGAGAAUUCUGAGGCAGGAGGGGAUUCAGAAGACGUUGAGGAUGAUGAAACUGAUCCGGAAAAGUCUGAGAAACUAAGGCCGGCUGAUUCCUAUGAAGACCUGGGCAGUAAAGAGAAAGACUACGGAAUUGAUGAUGGGACGGAGGAUGAGGGCGAGAAAGUACCUGGAGAUCCGGAAGAGGAUCCGGAUACGGUAGAAUCGAGGCACCAGAAUUCAACCAAAGCUGACAAAAUGGAUUCUGGCGAAGACUUCAGCGUUGAGAAUGCGUUUGACGACAAGGGACGGCCGAGUCUGGCGCUUCUGGAGGGGGAUCUGGAUGGAGCAAACGACCCACCCGAAGCCCUAGACUAUGGCGAAGACGCAUCCCAUCACGUUGCGAAUGCCGCACCCAUUCAGAAAGAAGCCGUGCGCCCUGUACAACUUCCGGACGUCCCACCGGAUCCGGAAGCCAUCGCGAACCGGAAUUACGUGCGGGAGGACGCGCGGUUUGAUGCGAAUACACGGAUUAUUGAUGCGCAGGAGGCACAGGCAGAAGCCGACGAGAAAGCCGCUGUUGCCCAGCGGGCCAGGCGAAACUGCUUUUCGGGAGAUCUUCUUGUUCCGACACCAUACGGGAACAGGAGAAUGGACGAGCUGCAGAUCGGAGAUAGGAUCCUGGUCCCGAUCGCGCCGGGUGUCUCUCAGUUCGAGAUGAUCGAAAUGUUCUACCAUAGGGAUCCUGAGAAGGAGACCAUGUUUUUGAAGAUCAAAACAAGGGAAAGGUCGAUUAGUGUGACGCCAAAGCAUCUGAUCCCGGCUGGGAAUUGUGGCGACUUGAACGAGACGCUGACGACUGAGGGGGAUGUGCAAAAGCUUCUUCGUUCCUCCAUUUUCGCCCGUAACCUAAAACCCGGGAUGUGUCUGGUUACGGUACUUGUCGUUCAAUCGUUCGGGAACGACACCAUCCGAAUGCACUGUCAGCGGCUGGACCUUUGUGGUUAUCAAAGACUGAAAUGCGAGUACGACACGAUGCAGCCGCACUGUGGAGGCCGGAUGAAUUUCGUGUCGCACGUCAACCAGGGAACCCCCAGUGGAUUAGUGGAACACACUUGCUGUCAACUCUACAACCCUCGCCCGCCAAACGUCGUCCCGACCCACGAGGGAAAUGACUGCUUCAUCUACGAGCUCCCCGACGGAUCCACCCACCCGGUCGACGAGAAUAUCGAGCCGAUCAGCCAAUUUAAUGCCGAAGACCAACCGUUGACCGUCUUGAAAAGCGCGGCCGACAUCCCGUCCCAAAUCGAUGGGUACACCGGAUAUCGACUCCGGCUUUUCCUGCUCCGGAAUAAGAGCCCGCCCACGUUGCUGGUCAAGGGGAUCGAGAGGAGAAUUGACGGCUACCGCGUAACCAUCUGCCGUCCCCGCUGCUCCGGCAUGAAGGUUUCCGACCAGCAAAAUGGCUUCUCCGGGGUCUCCUGGAGCCGCUGGAGCUCGUCAAGCUGGUCUUCGUGGGCACGAAGUGUGUGGGGCAACGCCGAGGGUGAAGCCGAAGCGGAAGCCAGGGAGAGGGAAUCCGGAGCCGAAAAACCCUCCACACCGGAAACCGGAAAGGACAAGAAAUCCGUAGAGACAACCGAGGGAACAGCAUUCAAGGUGGAACCUGACGGAACGAGUAGCUCGGAAAAUGGCGGAGAUUCUGAAGGAAAACGUCCUAAAUUCGUGGCGGGACGCGAGGGACCGGCCGACAGCGGCGAGGGCGGCGGAAACGCAGAGGGGGACGACGAAAAGAAGGAGGUCGAGGGCAGAGUGAAAGGGGACGAUUUCUCGGCCGAAGUCACCAACGGUGGAGAUGAAGAUGAUGAUGAGGAGGGACCGGAAAUUACCGAAGAUGGAGGGGAUAAUGUUGAGACGAAUGGAGUAGAUGGUAAGGGCGGAGAUGGGGAUGAUACUGAAGGGGAUGACGAUGCCUCGAUGAAUCCGGACAAUGAUGGGGAUACGGAAGGCGCCAAUGGACAGCCGGGGAAUGCUGUGAAGGACGGAAUCGAAGCCAAGGAUGAGGAGGCCGAGAAGAAGCGGAAGCGGCUGGCGAAAGCCAAGGCAAAGGCGAAGGCGAAGAAGGCCGCCGCAAAGAAAAGACGACAGCGUCAGAAACAACUUCGCACGAUCCAAGCGGUAGAUGAAGCCGACGAGCCGUCCCCAAUCCAGGGUCGUGCCGCAGCCGAGACCCCGGCAGCUGCCGGAGCUCGAGCCCCCGUUCAAGCCGCCGCCCCUGCCGCCGACGCGGUCGCGGCCGAUGCUCCAGGUGCCGGAGCUGGAGGAGCAGGGAAAAACUGCUUCGCCGCCGACAGCGUUGUCUCGACCCCGGAGGGCCUGAAACGCAUGGAUGAGCUGCAGGUUGGAGACCGAGUGUUGGUGCCGACAGCGAAUGGCGUGCCAAAGUACGAGCUGGUUGAGAUGUUCUACCAUCGAGUGCCCGACAGGAAGACGAACUUUGUGCUGAUUGAGACCGAAAACGGCCGCAAACUCGCCGUCACCCCACUGCAUCUACUCCCCGUUGGCAGCUGUGAUGACAUGAGACAGCUCAUGAACAACAGUGACGCAAUCGACCAGGCGCUGCGCGGAUCCAGAUUUGCCUACAGGGCCCAGGUUGGAGACUGCGUGCUUGCAGCUGAUGACGAGGGACAAGUGGACGUGGAACGGAUUGUCAAGGUUGGCCGCCGAAUCUCCACCGGAAUCUACUCCCCAAUCACCGUCGAAGGCUCGAUAAUUGUCGAUGGGGUGCUGGCGAGCUGUUUCGCGCAAGUCGAAUCGCACGCCACGCACAAGAUCCUCUACGAUUUCACCCACUGGGCUUAUCGGAUGACCGGACUGGCGACGUCAACCGAACAAUGGUCGGAUGUGCUGCCGCUCCCGAAAAUGAUCCACUACAUGCACGAGCUGAGCCGUCACGUCCUCCCGUUCGUCAAGUUC